AUGAACAACUGGCAGCAUCUUUUCAACAAUACAGUGGAUUUAAGUGAACAUUUACGGAAACCGUAUUUUAGGUUCGAUACAAGAGAUAAGAAUAUAUCCAAAGUUGUAUUUGAUACCAAUGCAAACCUGUUGUGGGCAGGUGACACUUUUGGCUGCGUUUCCUCAUAUGAUCCAAACUUACAGCUGUACACACGAAAUAAGGGUCACAUCGGCGGUUCUCCUAUCAAUGAUAUACUCACACUAAAGGAAGGUGUCCUCUCAUUAAGCGAAGACGCCCUACAUAUGUCUGACCGGGCUGGUGUCACGUCUCUAUAUCUAACGAGUAUGGAUGCUGCAGGGCUUAGCGGGCUACAGGCAAUGACCUCGGUGUCUAUCGAUUCCCAACACCUGAUAUACUGCGGUGGGAACAAUACUGCAGCAGGGCUAUCUUGCUUUGAUUUGAACAAAAGGCAGAUAUCAAAUGUUAUGCCAUAUAAUCAUGAGGUGAGAUUUUUGAAAAGCAAUAACAAGGUUAUAGCUAUUGGGAAAGGAGAUGGGACUGUGGACCUUUUGGAUCCAAGAUCAAAUCAGAUUGUCAACACUUUCAAUUGCCACUCCGACUCUAUCUCAUCAUUAGAUAUACGAGAAAAUACCUUGGUCACGGCUGGGAAAUCAAAAAGGUUUUACAACACUUUUGCAGACCCAUUUGUUAACGUAUUUGAUUUGAGGAGUAUGAAACAGCUCUCGCCAGUUUCUUUCUCGAAGGGAACUACAAUCGGGACUGGAGGUGCUGACAUUGUCCAGUUACAUCCUGUAUUACCCACUGUCAUGGUGGUUGCCAGUGCCAAUGGCUCGUUUGACUUCAUUGAUUUGUCAAACACCGCCCUACGAACGCAUUAUGUACAUCCUAGUACUGACGUGAAAGACCUGAUUAUAUCGCCAAGUGGUGACCACCUAGCGAUCAUGGAGGCAAAUAACAUGGUCAGUACCUGGACGCGCUCCCAAACGGGUGGAAAUUUCACAAACACACCGGAAGUACUAAAAUAUCCGGACUUUGUAGACGACGGGAUUAGGCAGCAGAUACCUAUCGAUAAUCAAGAUUACCCUCUGAGCAGUGUUGGACUACCGUAUUAUCACGAAAAGCUUCUCUCUGCGUGGCCUUACGUCCUUUUUAAGAGUGAAGGGACGCUUCCCAGUCACAUCGACGACAAUAUCCCUCUCUCAAGUGUCCAAACGGGUAUCGCAAAUGCUAAUAGCAAUAAGCAACUUUUUUUAAAUUCUGGGAUCAGUCUCAAAAACAAAAAGUUCCCCUUCCAUCUCUAUGACUUCAACAAAUAUGGUGAUUUUAACGUGCCGCCGAAAUAUGUUUCUUUGAAGGAGAUAAGGAAAAAAUUGAAUGCACCAGGGAGUAACAAUGCGGCCGGCAUGCUAAUCUUUAAGUCUCAUAAAAGUAGCGACGUCCCACCGGCGUAUGGACAGUUGCCUUUUACUUGUGGUCGAUAUGGUUCUGAUAACUUUGAUUUUAAAUCCUAUAACAACACCAGAUAUUCAGGCUUAGACAAUGAUGUGGACAAUCUCUAUACCAACGCAGUUAUACAAAUGUAUCGGUUUGUCCCUGAAGUGUUCAAUUUUGUUGUAGGUUGCCUGAAAAAUGAGAACUUUGCCAGAGCUUCGACUCUGUCCGAGUUGGGAUACCUUUAUGACAUGAUGAAUAGAUCGAAGGGUCGAGUUUGCCGUUCAACGAACUUCCAGAGUACGCUCAAUUCGAUUCCCGAAUUUAAAGCCGCAGGACUGGGCUGCAGUGGUUUUAAUUACCCUGUAGAAUGCUCUAAUCAAACUACAGAAGUAUCAGACGCGAUAUCCACUAUGAGCACGGUGCAGAAAUUUAACAAACUUCUUUUGGGGAGAUUGCUCAAGGAGGAAUUUGAAGGCAUGGAUCAUAACACUACUUUGGAGCAGUGUUUUGGAUUGACAGUCAACUCUGAAAUCAGAUCAAAGUGCAACCACUACCAAAAGGAGACAAUGGUUGUUCCAAGUCUAACUGUAUUAUCGCCAAUGCGCAAUAGUCUCAAACAAAUGAAUAAGAAAUUGAAUAACCAAACCAUUCUUCCCUACAUCGAAUCCUCCAUGAAGAGGACCAGAUUAACUCAGAAUACAUGUGGAGUAUGUGGUAAAGUAGAUACUGCAGAACAGGAGCUGACAGUUAGGAACCUUCCACCUUUACUGUCUCUUGAGCUGUCGCUUACGGAGAGCGAAUGGUAUGUCGCGCGUUCUGUUAGGAAUUGGCUAUCUCCAGAGUUUUACGGUACAGUAUACAGAGACAAGAUCGCGAUACGUCCCGGCACGGGUGAUAUCAAGAAUCACGGAGAGAUAUUCAAAUACGAAUUGAACGGGUACGUGGCCCGCAUAACGGAUCCGCUAGAUGGGUCGUCAAGACUUGUCACCUACGCGCGUAUUUUUGACAAUGAAACGAACACUCUACAUUGGUACAUGUUUAACAAUUACCUUGUAGUAGAGAUACCUGAGGAGGAGGCCUUGAACGUUUCGUAUUGGUGGAAACGCGUCGAACUAAUUGUCUACUGUGACGCAGAGGAGUCGCGCAAACCGUUCUUCUCUGUGGACACGUACCCGAUCAAAUACGAUAUUCUGUACCGGGAUCAUUUUGCCAAUGCCAUACGCGAAGGUUAUAUAUGCGAGUACAAGCUUCUGUCUCGAGAAAAUGAAACUCCACACGAGGGUUCACUGGUGGCUAUUGACGCGGAAUUUGUGCUGUUGAACGAUGAGGUAACCGAGAUUGACCGUUUCGGCAACAAGACAAUCAUUAAACCCAAAAAAUCGUCUCUAGCGAGGCUAUCAGUCAUAAGAGGGGACGAUGGCCCUCAAUUCGGCGUCCCGUUCAUGGACGACUACAUUUACAACGAAUCCCCAGUCGAAGAUUACUUGACUAAAUACAGUGGUAUUCUACCGGGUGACCUUGAUUUAGAAAACAGUCCACGGCGUCUUGUGUCCCGCGAGGUCGCAUACCGGAAGGUAUGGUUACUGAUGCAACUGGGCUGCAUUUUCGUCGGCCACGGUCUGAGCAACGAUUUCAAGUUGAUCAACAUCAACGUCCCAACAAACCAAAUCCGGGACACAGCCGUCUACUUCUUGCAGGGGAAACGGUACCUGUCGCUCAGGUACCUUUCGUUCGCACUUCUGGGUCAAUCCAUCCAAGAGGCCAACCACGACUCGAUCGAGGAUGCGCAUACGGCGCUGAUUUUGUACAAGAAAUACCUGGAAUUGAAAUCAAAGGGCACACUUGCGAAAGUAAUUGAGAACCUAUACGAGGAAGGGCGUGCGCUAAACUAUAAAGUCCCCGGGAGCUAG